UUAUGUUCUUUAUUUUCUCAGGGAUUGAAUCUGUGUUGUACGUGUAAUAGAAAGGAUCGAUGUUGACUCCGUUUCGCGGUCAUUGUGUCCGUUUGAAAAGCCCCAAGGAUCAUAAAUAGAGAAGAAAAGGGCAAAAAUAAAAAGAUAAAGAAGAGGGUUGCGGUGGCGAAUGGCGCGGAACAAGCGACGCAAGAAGCGGGUGCUUGUUAGUGGGGACACUGCUGGCGACAUCUCUGUGCCUUCCAGCGAGUCAGACUGCCGGUGUCCGCAAAUUCUGGACCCGCUUUCCAGUGAGCUUCUGCUUCACUUCUGCCCAGUCUGCAACAUUCAGCUCAACUCCUGCCAACAAUCCUGUUUCCACGUCGGAGGCAAGAAGCACCAAAAGCGACUCAAAUACUUUCAAAUCAUUGCUCAGUCACGUGUGGAAAUGACAGAUGGGAGCCAUCAGAGCGGACCGGAAGUGGGAGUGCGGAAACCGCAGCAGGUUGGGACGUGCGAGCCGCAGAGUCGGUCUCCGGUGCCGCGGGCCGCCAUUUGCAACCCGAGGCUGGAGGCCGCCAUGCCGGCCUGCUUCCCAGCCGGCUACUACAACUACCUGGCACACAAGGCCGCCCAGCUAGCCCCACUUGACUUCAGUUCAAACAGCUCUUCUUCCUCCGGAGUUGGUUGGUCACUUCAGUCAACUUCGACGACCAGCGAACACUGCAACCAUCAGGAAACCGAAGUUCAAACCCGCUCCUCCUUGAGUAGAAUCCGCCCCAAGGUGGAGUUCCACUGCGAAGUUUGCGACGUCACGCUCAAGUCCGAGUUCACCAAGGAAACGCAUCUCUCGGGCAGCAAACAUGCAAGAAAGGUUCAAGCAGCGGAAACGUCGAAGAAGUACACAGAGCCGGACGCAAACACAGAGCCCGGCAUACUCAUUGAACGAAUCAAAAGUUGCGACGGUGGUUCGUUCCACUGCGAAGUCUGUGAUAUUGACCUCAACUCCAUUCUUCAAGUCGAUAGUCAUGUCUCAGGUGCCAAACACAAGUUCCUCAAAGAAGGCAAAACUUGGAAAGAAAAGUCGAAACGUCGGAAGCCAGCCUAAUUUAGGAGGAGAAAUGCUCAGGGAUUUCUUUCACGACUGUCUCCACGACAGCCAUCGUUAAGAGAUCAGCAUUAAAAUAGUCACGGGAAAGUUCACGCAUCAAUCUCGGUAUACAUUCCGAAGCCAAGAAAUACAUUCGCUUUUUUUCCAAGCA